AUGCUUUUCUCCCCAUCACUCAUUUUCGGCUCCCUCGCCCUGGCUCGCACCGCGGUGGCGGCAUCCGACCCCCUCGUUCUUGACUCGUACGCCUCACAGCUCAGCUUCACCGGCAACUCGUGGCUUACUCGCGAAGAAGAGGGGCGCUUCAAGCGCAUCUCAUCCGGCCAGGGCUACCACUGGGCUCGGGGUGGUGGGACAACCCCCGUGUCGGUCAGCUACACAUUCUACGGUACCGGGGUUGAGUUUUUCGGCUACUACGGCUACCUCGGUGACGGCGGUCCAGCAACGGAGAACUUCACUGCCAGCGUUGGAUUGAGCCUGCGCGAUGGGCCAGACACUCGACCCGACAUUGGGAACACAGGCUACCUCACCGGCACCCCCGGUGUCCCGGUGUCUCUAGGGGUGUACGCCGACCUUACACUCGGCCUCUAUACCGUCACUCUUCGCCCUUUGACGGGAAUCGUUUCCUUCACCCACCUCAUGGUCAACAUGAAGUUUGGUGGCACCGACGACCAGGUGACCAUGGGCCGUGCCAAUCCGAAAGUAUUCAAGCCAUACCUUGUCAACCCAAGCGAUUCUUCUCUUUCUCUCAACCCCAGCUUUGGUCAGUUUCUUGGACCGCCCGACGGGCAGAUGGGAUGGAGCGGGACGCAGAACGACGGCAGCCAGCGCGCGGGAACCAAGGUGCUGCAGGACAGGAUUGACGUGCACCUCGGCGUCGGCAACGGCUUUGUGACCGUCAACGGCACGCUCAACCGUAACCACGGAGCGUUCCGCGUCGCUCUCAGCCCUGCACCCCCGCGUUAUCCGGCAGUGGUAGAACUCUGGGGAUAUUGCCCGUGGCAGGUGUUUCAGUCUCAGCUGUACGCGAUCGGCCUUGAUCCCGACACCGAGUACAAUUUGACCGUUACCAACUUGCACAACUACGGCUCGGAGAGCCUUGACUAUCAGUGGUUCGAUGUCACGGCCAUCACGCUGUGGAAGGUGCCCACGAGUGCGAAAGCCACGGCCGACAACAUUAUCGGGGAGGAGCGUGGAAGCGAGGGGGAGACCAAGGCAGCCAAGAGUAGUCCGCCGGUGGGGGCCAUCGUCGGUGGGGUGGUGGGUGGCGUUGCUGCUAUCGGUCUUGUUGGAGUUGUUGCGUGGCUCUUGUGGCGUCGAAACAAGCGCGCUGCAAGUCACGCCGAGCCCUCAUCGUACCUUGAGCAAUCCCAGAUGUACGCCGCAACGCCGUUCAUCUCGGAAGAAUCCGAGGGUCUCAAUCCGUCCUAUCCAGCUUAUCCUGGCCCGCCCAACAUCACCGUGGUUCAGCAGUAUCCGUAUGCUGCGGCCCCGUUAUCGAUUCCUACGGAGGGGCGAACGAUGUCUUGGGGCGAGUCGUCGAGCGGUCUGCCAAUGUCUGCUUACGGCAGCCCGACCAUUGGUCUCUACCCGGCCGUUAUGGAAGGUCAUGUUCUCCCCAGCGCGACUGUCGCUGGAAGCCAGCGUCCGAGCUCAGCCGUCCCUCCUGGCUCUCCCACCGAAACGCUCCCGCCCGACUACAUGGAGAUGCCCGCUGGGGUCGAUCCUGCAUUGCCCGUCGGUGGCGCCUAUGGACCUGUGCCGCCUCUGACCACACCCAUUGGAGCCGACACCAAGCGCGCCUGAUGUGCAGAAGUGCAAGUCAAGUGUAUACCAGCGGCGUGAUUCAAGAUGCGGCCGGAAGGGAGAGGCGUCGAGGUGACGUGGUUAUAGUCGCCAUUUGCGUGUAUAGGGAGUAAAUCGAGCUGAGAGUGAUGGUCUGGUGACAGGCAAUAAGUGGAUAUGAUCCGUAGAGCCGGUCCUUGGAAGGAGACUGUGGCGAGCUCU